UGGCCCUAAAUCAUUCUCCUGUGUACUACCAUGUUAGCGUCCGACGACCUACUGCUUAUAUUAGAUCUUCGUUUUUCUCCUAGAUUAGGUCUAUUCGAUUCAGUAUUCUAAUUGUUGUUUUCUCGUAUAGGUUUUAAUGCGACACGUGCAACAUUCACGGUUUUAGUUCAGGGAGAUACUGUUAUAUGUAGACGUGGGUGGGUAGAACUUGCACUAAAGAGUAUUAAUUUCACUUUUAUUGACGUAUACGUUGUCAAUAAUGACAAUACAGAGAGCUCUUUUCAUGUACUUUGGGAUCUUCGUUAAUCUCAUCUCAAAACCUAGUAUUACCUUUUUGCUUGUUGGUUUUCUGGUCAAUAUGAUAUCCCUGAGAGUACUUUCCAUCGCAGCUACUCGAAUAUGCAUAAUUUUCUCAACUCAGCUAAUCACUGUUGGAAAUAAAUGGGUUGUGUUUCGGCAGGAAGCGCAAAAGUUCCAGAAUUCGCUUAUGCGAAUAUGCAACAAGCAAGUCAAGCUGGAUAUCCUCCCUUCCACUAUCCUACAGCAAGUGGUGACCAAAAUGCCCAAUUACUUCAGGGUUAUGCACUUUCCCAACAAGGAAAUCCAGCUGCUGGGGUUCCUGGUUCAAUGUUUGGAGCACAGUCAGCUGCUUCAUAUAAUUUCGAUCAAACCGCAUCUGCUUACAACCAGUCCUCAUCCAUCCCUGUGUGUCAAGUAGACGGUUCCCAAGUUUCCAUGCAACCUGGCGCUGGGGGGUUCGCAUAUCCUAACUAUUCUGCGUCUUUCGGCCACUAUCCAGGAAUGGGGCAAGGUAUGCCUCCUGGACUGUCAGCUGUCCAAGCAGGAUUCAGUACAGAUAUGCAGCAGUUCGGCCCACUAAUGGCCAAUGCAUUUGGGCAAACAAUGUCUGCUAAUGGGGCGAUUUUAGAGGCAAUAGCUCAUGAGCAAGGUCUUGCAGGUUUUAAUCCAGUCGCUUUUCUCCAAGACCCAUCUGGUUCGUCUGCGCGUGGAAUGGGCACCGGAAGAGGCAGUAGCCAAAGAGGUGGAUAUAACAAGUUCAGCGGUUCACGGUCGGGAUCCAAUCUGCCAAGUGUUACGAAUCCUGAUGGUCUCCGCGAAGAUACAAUAUUUAUCAGUAAUCUGCCUCAGACCAUUGAUCAUGAAGUAAUGAAGUCUCAAUUUGGUGUUGUGGGAAAAAUUAAGAUCAAUUCAAAGAGUGGAAUGCCUAUGAUAUGGAUAUUCAAAGAGAAAGGCAUACCUAAAGGAGAGGCACUUGUAACAUAUGAAGAUCCCAGUUGUGUUCAGGCAGCGAUUCAAUGGUUCAAAGAACACGAUUUCCUAGGGAAGAAAAUUGAAGUCAAACAGGCUAUCAACAGUCAGAGACCAGUCAUCAUCCCUCCUGGUGGUGGUAGUGGUGGACUGCUUGGAGGAAACGGAAAUGGACCGAACAAUCCCGCAGCUGCUCUGGCUGUGGCGGCCGUAGCUGCAGCUGCCAGUGGGAACACUGUGGCGAGUUUGAUGAAUAAUAGUGCAGCCGCUGCUGCCAGUCUUGCAGCUCUCACAGCUAACAAUCCCCAACUAGCUGCUCAUUUUGAAUCCAAAGACUAUCAAGGUAUGGGUCGUGGGGGAAGUACAGCAUCUCGAGGAGGAAGUCGUGGAGCAGUCACAAAUGGCUCUGCUGCCGCUGCUCCUGCUGCUGGACGAACGCACUCUGGCUCAGCUCAAGCCGGUUCUAGAGAAGGCGACUGGAGUUGUCCUCAAUGUGGCAAUAUUAAUUUUUCCUGGCGUGAACAGUGUAACAGAUGCCAGUCAACGCGUGAUGGACCUGGUGGUGGUGGUGGUGGAGAUGUUGACGCUAAUGCUGCGAAUGCCAGGAAUAAUAAUAAUAAUAUGAAUGCAAUAGGCCGUCCUGCUCAACCUCCUGUUGCAAAUAUGAAUUCUAAUCCUCAACAAAAUGCCCCUGGAUAUGGACGAGGUGGUGGAGUGAAUCCUUCGGCGAGUGGUAAUCGUGGUGGACGAGGUGGUGGUCCUAUGCGUGGAAGUAGUGUUGGUACUGGUCGAGCGCGUCCAGCACCAUACUAGGUCCAUAAUGGUAUAUACAUACAUGCGUGAAUAAUUGUGGAGAAGUAUCGUGAAAUAUAUCUUGACAUUCACAGGAUGCAUUUGAGGUCCCCUACUGUCUCUCUACAUACUUAGUAAUUAAUGUCUGUUAUUUCAUUUAACUGUGAAUGGUUUGUGAAUUUGUAUUGUAUUUGAAUUAUGUAAUUAUGGGUCAUUUAAUUCUGCAGUUGUUAUAAACUUUGCUCCUAUUUGGUUGUUUUUUGAUUAAGAAUUAGUUGAGUAUCUUCAAGGAAGUGGUGACUAAUUUCAGUGUUAUUCUUGCGUUGUUAACAUUUGUGUUGACUAUGUGGAAGUGGUCUGUAACCAAUUUAAGUAGUAUUGCAGUUAAACUGUGAGAUGUACUCAACUAGGUGCUGUUAUGUGUACUGUUGAAAAAUUAGUUAUUGUAGGAAAUGACAUUUAUCUUCACUUAUAACGACACACUAUUGACUUUUACCUUCUCUUUUGUCUGGUUAGUUGGAUGAACUUACUGAUAUUCUUCAUUGAGUUUAUUCUGAGGAUGUGUUUGGCAUAUUUUUGUGUGGGUCUUCGUGGUUGAUGUAACUUGUAAGCUGUGUGGUGAACAGUAGGCAG